UGUAUUUUUUUUGGGAAGGAGCAAUUCAGUAUCCGGGCUCGAUCGAGCUGAAGGAGGCAACCAAAACAUCGCAUCCAGGCCUCAGCGCGGCGAUGCUCGCUCCAAAGCCGACAGUGACUUCAUGAGGGGAUUUGCCAAGUGCACGCGCAUGGAAGGAACAUGGCUGCGAUGAGGACUUUAACCGCGGCGGGUCUCGUCUUAGCCCUGUGCGCCCUCGGCCUGAUCGCGGUGGCCAUCGGCACCGACAACUGGUACGAGACGGACGCCAGGAGGCAUCGAGAGCGCUGCAAGAAUUACUCGAACAAGAGGACCGACCCGGGCUACAUCUACACCUCCAACAACAACCUCCCGCUGCGCACGCUGCCCAAGGGGAGCGCGGAGGCGGAGGCGAGCUGGCUGCCGAGGAUGGCGAGGCUGCGGGCUCGGCGGCACCUUGCGCCCGCAGCCUCCGCGAUGGAGUCGCUGUGCAAUCGCCAUUUCAACUCCACCGUCACCGGACUGUGGAGGAAGUGUCACCGGGUGGGAUUUGACUUGGAGACGGAGGAUUUAAUCUUUAAAGGAUUGGUUGCACGCUGCACGCCAAUAAAAUACUACUACUCUUCUUCGGCUUUGCCCAGAAAUGUGCCCAUCAACCUGACGAAGACGAUCAGGCAGGAUGAGUGGCAUGCGCUACAUCUGCAGAGGAUGACGGUCAGUUUCAUCGGCAUGGCCAUAUCCAUCAUCUUUUUCGGCUGGACCAUUGGCGUGCUGGGCUGUUGGAAGGCACAUGACCUCAUGCAGUAUGUUGCUGGACUGCUCUUCCUCAUGGGAGGUAAACCACAGUACGCCAAAUUACCACACGAGGGCGGUAAACGCCUUCUCAAAGGGACAUGCUGCAUCAUCUCCCUCUGCACGUGUGUGGCGGGAAUCAACUUUGAACUGUCGCGUUACCCUCGCUACAUGUUUGGAAUACCAGAGGACAUCAGUCAUGGCUACGGUUGGUCUAUGUUCUGCGCGUGGGGCGGACUGGGCCUGACUCUGCUGGCCGGGUUCCUGUGCACGCUCGCUCCCUCCCUCUACCCGCCGCACACCCCCGUGGCUCAGAAGCCGCGGCAGGAGAACGGCUGCGUGUGACGGGUCCACGCUGACACGAGACAGACAAAGUGGCGAUUUGCGUCAAGGGCAGUUUUGCAGGAAUUCUGCAGCGUGCAGGGUGGCACGAAGAAAGCACAAGAACACGAGGGGAGAGGUGGAUAUUUGACUGACGAUGACUCCAGUUCAUCUCAUGAUUGAACUGAUCAGUGUUAUUCCUUGCUCUCCGAGAGGACAGUACUGUAGCUCAGCACAUUUGUAAAGACGCACUCCCUACCAUCUGACAAAAGAAAGAGAAUAGCACAACCUUGAAACUGUAUCAAAUAUGAAAUCAUAUGGACGUGUACUGUCACAUUUGAAAGGGCAACUGUGUAUCAUUAUGUAUCAUUCAACACAAGUUAUGUACAUGUACCUUUUGAACCGUAUGUAUGCCGAUGCAUUUGUGUUUAUUCAAGGGAAAAACAUGGCACAUCAAUUCCAAGCUGUGUCCGACUGAAGUGUUUUUGUUGUUCUUGAGGUCGUCUACCCCAUUGGAAUAUUUUUGAGAAAUAAAACAGCCAUGCAAAACG